CAUUGCUGCCUGAAUUUUUCUCUUCUUCCCCUGUAAGGUCACACCCAGUAUCCUGUGCUUCUCUUUAAAGAGCAGACUCACAUCAGAGAAACAGCCACUAAAGAAGAAAACUUGUCGGCUACAAAGAACAGCUGGAACCAGGACAAUGCCGAAUUGGGGCGGUGGAAAGAUCUGCUCGGUUUGCCAGAAGGCUGUCUACUUUGCGGAGGAAGUCCAGUGUGAGGGUGGAAGCUUCCACAAAUCCUGCUUCUUGUGCAUGGUAUGUAAGAAGAAUCUUGACAGUACCACAGUUGCGAUUCAUGGGAAUGAGAUCUAUUGCAAGUCAUGCUAUGGGAAGAAAUAUGGGCCCAAAGGAUACGGAUUUGGACAAGGAGCAGGCACUCUGAGUAUGGACCGGGGUGAAGCCCUGGGAAUCAAUCCUGAAGAGCCUGGAAGACACCAGCCUACAAAUAACCCAAAUGCUUCCAAGUUUGCUCAGAAAGCGGGAGGUGCUGAUGUGUGUCCUCGAUGCUCAAAAUCGGUGUAUGCUGCUGAAAAGGUGAUCGGCGGAGGAAAUUCUUGGCACAAGGCGUGCUUUCGUUGUGCUAAUUGUGGGAAAGGUUUGGAAUCCACUACACUGGCAGAUAAGGAUGGGGAGAUAUUCUGCAAAGGAUGCUACGCAAAGAACUUUGGUCCAAAAGGCUUUGGUUUCGGCCAGGGUGCUGGUGCUCUAGCCCACACUUAAUGAAAUAUGUUUUUGACUUGUCCUCACUAAUCAGUAGACACAGUAAAAU